GGCAGCGCCCGAGGAUGCGCGCCUGGCCGCUGCUCCUGCUGUGGGGGCUGCUCGGCGGCGCGGCGGCGGGGGGCGCGGGCCGGCCCUUCGCGCACCGCACCCUGCUGGACCCCGACGGCGAGUACUGGCUGAGCUGGGGCCCGCGGGGCGGCCGGCUCGCCUUCCGCCUCGAGGUGCGCACCGCCGGCUACGUGGGCUUCGGCUUCUCGCCCACCGGGGCCAUGGCCGCGGCCGACAUCGUCGUGGGCGGGGUGGCCCACGGCCGGCCCUACCUGCAGGAUUAUUUUACAAAUGCAAACAGAGAGUUGAAAAAAGACUCUCAGCAAGAUUACCACCUAGAAUAUGCCAUGGAAAAUAGUACACACACAGUCAUUGAAUUUACCAGAGAGCUGCACACGUGUGACGAGAACGACAGGACUCUAACGGAGAGCACCAUGAGGGUGAUCUGGGCCUACCACCACGAAGACGUGGGAGAAGCUGGUCCCAAGUACCACGACUCCAACCGUGGCACCAAGAGUCUGCGGUUAUUGAAUCCUGAGAAACCCGAUGUGUUGUCUGCAACCACUCCAUACUUUGACCUGGUAAACCAGGACGUCCCCAUCCCAAACAAAGGUACGACAUAUUGGUGCCAAAUGUUUAAGAUUCCUGUGUUCCAGGAAAAGCAUCACGUCGUAAAGGUUGAGCCAGUGAUACAGAGAGGCCACGAGAGUCUGGUCCAUCACAUCCUGCUCUAUCAGUGUGGCAGCAGCUUUAACGACAGCGUUCUGGACUACGGCCACGAGUGCUACCACCCUAACAUGCCCGAUGCGUUCCUCACCUGUGAGACCGUCAUUUUCGCCUGGGCCAUUGGUGGAGAGGGUUUUUCCUAUCCACCUCAUGUUGGAUUAUCCCUCGGCACUCCGUUAGAUCCUCACUAUGUGCUCCUGGAAGUCCAUUAUGACAACCCGACAUAUAAGGAAGGCUUAAUCGAUAAUUCUGGACUGAGGUUAUUUCACACGACAGAUAUAAGGAAGUACGACGCCGGAGUGAUUGAGGCUGGCCUCUGGGUGAGCCUCUUCCAUACCAUCCCUCCAGGGAUGCCCGAAUUCCGGUCCGAGGGUCACUGCACCCUGGAAUGCCUGGACGAGGCUCUGGAAGCCGAAAAGCCGAGUGGAAUCCAUGUGUUUGCUGUCCUUCUGCAUGCUCACCUGGCUGGCAGAGGCAUCAGGCUGCGUCAUUUUCGCAAAGGGGAGGAAAUGAGAUUACUCGCUUAUGAUGACGAUUUUGACUUCAAUUUCCAGGAGUUUCAGUAUCUAAAGGAAGAACAAACAAUCUUACCAGGAGAUAAUCUAAUUACUGAGUGUCGCUACAACACAAAAGAUAGAGGCCGGAUGACGUGGGGAGGACUAAGCACCAGGAAUGAAAUGUGUCUCUCAUACCUUCUCUAUUACCCAAGAAUUAAUCUUACUCGAUGUGCAAGUAUUCCAGACAUUAUGGAACAACUUCAGUUCAUUGGUGUUAAGGAGAUCUACAGGCCAGUCACGACCUGGCCUUUCAUUAUCAAAAGCCCUAAGCAGUAUAAAAAUCUUUCUUUCAUGGAUGCAAUGAAUAAGUUUAAAUGGACUAAGGAGGAAGGUCUCUCCUUCAAUAAGCUUGUCCUUAGCCUGCCCGUGAAUGUGAGAUGCUCCAAGACAGACAACGCAGAGUGGUCGAUUCAAGGGAUGACAGCGUUACCUCCAGACAUAGCAAGACCCUAUAAAGCCGAGCCUCUGGUGUGUGGCACCUCUCCCUCCUCUUCGCUGCACAGAGAUGUCCCUCUCAAGCUCCUUGUGGCCUUGAUGGUGCUCGGCAGCACACCAGGCAGCUGGCACCUGUGGUCGUAAUUCUGUUGUGCUGGUGACGACGUUUCUGUGAUCCGAACCUGUCACUUAACGCGCAGGUGGAAGACACUUGGGUCACAAUGAGAGAGUGUGAAGAGCUUGCUUCCUUUCGCACAUUCCAGUCCUCCCCGCCUCCUCCUCCCCAGGCUCCCUGAGGGAUGUCCAUCGGCUUCUCCUUUUCCUCAGGAAUGUCUGAUACGAUGUGUCGAUGGCCAGUAAAGCAAACUGGCCUGACGUCGUAUAACCUUUUUAAAAAUUGGACGAAGUGGAAGUAAAAGAAUUCUUUAUUUCCUUCCAUAUUCCAUUUUAUUUAAAUACUCAUUGUUGCUAUUUUACUUUCUAAUUUUUGAUUUGGCUUCUAUAUUCCUUUUUAAAAAUGCUUUCGUCUUAAAAAUAUAAGCAAGGAGGCGUUCUCCAUUCCGGUUUUCUUCCUGUCGUUGUCCCGUGGGUGCGACUUCCUUCGUGUCACAUGGUCCUUCCCAUCUCUCUGUUAUCUGUUCCAUCCUUCCUGUGAGUUACCAUGGGCCCCUUUUGGAUGAUGCCCAUUCGAGUCUCCUCGUUUAUCGGAGUCUACUGGUACCCCCAAACUACCCCAAACCCAUCUCAAAAUACUCUUUUCCUUCCCUGCUCAGCACUGGCCAGUUGAGUUUUUCUUGAGCUCUGUCACUGUCUGAAAAGAAAGAAGCCACGGGAAACAUAGAAAUGGCAUCUAACUCAUUGUGGGCUUAGGAGAAAAUGUAGCUGGCUGCGUACUCCGGGCAGUGAGGGGUCCUUUAUGAGGUUCCAGGUCAGAGGGCAGACAGUGUGAGCUGGCCGAGGAGGGCGUGAGGUCCGUGCGGUGAGUACCUCACUGACACACGCUGCGUACUGGCUCGAUCUGAGUCACAGUUGCUACUGUAGAUUUAUUUUUGUAUUAGUUAAUAAACUAACUGUCCAUAAUAAAAUUGUCACCAAUUGAGAAUCUCGUCACUUUUUUGGUUCUUUUUGUAUAGUUCAGCCAAAUCUUUUGUGUUCUUUCUUCAUUUCUUAGGCUAAAUCUGUUUGGAUCCUAUUAAUAAACUAAAUAAAGUUAAAUUUUUGUGUGGUAUCUUGUACAGUCUGCGAGGGAAGCAAGUGAUUCAGGACUGAUGUUUCCAGCCAAAUCAAUUGAGAAUGUUGCAUUUUUCUAUCCCAUUUUUAAGCCCUUUCUCCCCAGCAAACAAUGUCUUCACCACAAAUGACAUUGUCCUUUAAAUAAAUAUUGUGUUUUGGAGUGUUUCA